AUGGAUAUGCAUCGCAAGCAUCGGAGCGCGGAAUUCAUGAAUAUUCUGCAUAUUCUUCACCGAAAACAAAUCGAUAGACAAACUCUAGUUUGCAACGGCUUAGUAAAGGAGGGCGUAUGGGGUAUAAUCGGCUCUCAGUCACCAUCAGUGGGCUGGCUACUGCGAUCCCUGGCCAAUAAUCUGCAUAUACCGCACAUGUCAGUGUUCUGGGACUACCGUUCCUAUCAACAGAGUUCCGCCACCGGCACCACCAGUACCUACGACACGAAUGCCAGCAAUUUUACGCUAAACCUAUACCCGGAGGCGUCGGCACUUAGCCGGGCGUUCAUGGAUCUGGUGCUCUCCAGACACUGGAAGUCAUUUACACUGAUUUUUGAGCAAAAUGACGCCAGCUACUCGGAUAUGAGACGGGUGAAAAUGUCCAUACUACAGUACGACUCCAACUACCAAUACGACCCCAUAUUUCAAUACCAGAAAAUCCUGAAAGAUAUCCACAAAAAUGAACACAACAUCGUGUUAAGUGUAUCCAACGAUAAAGUCAUUCAAAUUUUGAAACAGGAUCUGCUAAAAAUAGCCAGCUACUCGGAUAUGAGACGGGUGAAAAUGUCCAUACUACAGUACGACUCCAACUACCAGUACGACCCCAUAUUUCAAUACCAGAAGAUCCUGAAAGAUAUCCACAAAAAUGAACACAACAUCGUGUUAAGUGUAUCCAACGAUAAAGUCAUUCAAAUUUUGAAACAGGCGGAAAGGAUGAAAAAAUUAACAGAAUAUGAUAAUUAUCUCAUAGCGAGUCUGUCUAUGGAUAUAUUGAGGGACAGGAUGCGCUCAGACACUAUUUCUCUCUCAAUGGGCUCCAGUUCCCACUUUUAG